AUGUUACCAUCAAGAAAGGAGGGAGGGCCACCAAUAACAUCCGUUCUCCUCUCCCUAGAGGUUUGCUUAGGCGUUCGAUCGACCAAAGAAUCAUUAAUCACAAAGACUGGCCCAAUACCGAUCACGUUUUUCUUUCUUUCUUUCUAUUUCUCUUUCUUUUUUCUUUCUUUCUUUCUAUUUCUCUUUCUUUUUUCUUUCUUUCUGUCUCUCUUUCUUUAUUUCUGUCUUUUUUUCUUUAUUUCUUAUAAAUUCCAUUACUGCCCCACCACACACUUUCUCACCUUUUUUUUCCUCUCCUUUUUAUUCUUUUUUCAUUCCAUGUUGCAUUUCAUAUUUAUUCUUUGGUUCGUUAGUUCAUUCAUUUCAUUCACUUUUGUCUUUCAUUUGCUAUUUAUUAGUUCAUCUUUUCUUUCUUUCUUCUUUUACAUUCUUUCUUUUAUGCUUACCAUUUGCUUAUUACUCAUAUUAAUUUCUCUACAACUUUCAAUUUUCUUCAUUUUCUCUUUUUAUUUUUCUAUUUCUUCCCAUCUUUUGCUUUCUAUUUUCCUUUUCUUUUCAUUAAAUCGCUUUCUUCUUCGGAUUCAUUUUCUUUCUAUUCUUUCUUAG